GAGAGCUGCAGGUGACGGGAGGAUACGGGUCUUCUUGUUGUACUUUAACAUGUCGGGUGUUAUUAGACUUGAGUUAACAGCUCCGGAGCUCCUGUCUCUGUGUUGCUGUCUGCUGUCUGCUGGAAUAACACUAGCAGAUGAGCGCGGUGUCGUCAAAGUGGUUGCAGCAGAAGGAAGUGAUGUCAUCUUACCCUGUUCCCUCAGCACCAAGGAGAACAUUCAGUCAAAGUUGUUUGACUGGACGAAAGAUGGUCAGCAGGAUGAACGCGAGGUGUUCCUGUAUGAUGCAGGCAUUCAUUACAACAAUGGCCGAGGAGGUCAGAGCGAGACGUUCAAAGGUCGAGUCUCACAUUUUCAAGAUCAACUGAAGUACGGCAACGCCUCCAUAAUCAUCAGAAAUGCGAGGGUGACCGACCGUGGAAACUACAGCUGUCAUUUUCCACGUCUUCAGCCACGUCAAAUAUUCUACGUUGAGCUUGUUGUUGGUGUCGUCAAAGUGGUUGCAGCAGAAGGAAGUGAUGUCAUCUUACCCUGUUCCCUCAGCACCAAGGAGAACAUUCAGUCAAAGUUGUUUGACUGGACGAAAGAUGGUCAGCAGGAUGAACGCGAGGUGUUCCUGUAUGAUGCAGGCAUUCAUUACAACAAUGGCCGAGGAGGUCAGAGCGAGACGUUCAAAGGUCGAGUCUCACAUUUUCAAGAUCAACUGAAGUACGGCAACGCCUCCAUAAUCAUCAGAAAUGCGAGGGUGACCGACCGUGGAAACUACAGCUGUCAUUUUCCACGUCUUCAGCCACGUCAAAUAUUCUACGUUGAGCUUGUUGUUGGUGUCGUCAAAGUGGUUGCAGCAGAAGGAAGUGAUGUCAUCUUACCCUGUUCCCUCAGCACCAAGGAGAACAUUCAGUCAAAGGUGUUUGACUGGACGAAAGAUGGUCAGCAGGAUGAACGCGAGGUGUUCCUGUAUGAUUCAGGCAUUCAUUACAACAAUGGACGAGGAGGUCAGAGCGAGACGUUCAAAGGUCGAGUCUCACAUUUUCAAGAUCAACUGAAGUACGGCAACGCCUCCAUAAUCAUCAGAAAUGCGAAGGUGACCGACCGUGGAAACUACAAGUGUCAUUUUCCACGUCUUCAGCCAAGUCAGACCCUCUACGUUGAGCUUGUUGUUGAAUGUGAUCCACAGUUCUCAACUUUGAAGAACAAAUACGGGGAAACUGAUGGGGCGGCAGAGCCCUACAUCUCCAUCGUCGAUGUCACGAAGGCCGGGGUGCAGCUGAAUUGUGACGUUCGAGGUGCGUUCCCACAGCCGAAGCUACAGUGGCAGGACAGUGAUAGAAACGUCCUUCCUGCUGAUGUGCCACGGGUCUCAGAGAGAGGACGCCGCUACGACGUCACCCUCCAAAUCGUUGUGAACCGGACCGCGACCAACCGCUUCUGCUGUGUAGUCAAACAGAAGGACAUCGGCCACAUGGUUGAGGCUAACUUCACUGUUCCUGAGAAACUGUUUGAGGACGCAUCCUGCAAAGGGGAGGUCACAGGAUGGAUUGGUGGAUUGGUUUUGGGAGCUUUCAUCAUUGUUGCAGUUCUAUUUCUGCUCGUAUUUGCUAAGUUCAUCACAAUAAACCGUUAUAAAGGUUCUCAUGAGAAGACAAAGUGUUCAUGUAACGGCGAUGCAGAUGGAGCUUUAUGACCAAAGAUUCCCUGCUGGGCCUUGUUUCUGGACAUUUUUUAGUGCAGUAUUGUAUUUAUAUUCUAAAGGGUUUAUUAGGGGUUGUCUUGCUGUUUUAUUAUGCUGUUUUUAUAUCAUAUUGUAUCUUGUUUGCAUUUUCACUCUGUCACACUGGACUGUUGUUAAAGAUACUAUAACACCUAAAUGAACAAGGUACAUAGAACUUCAACCAACAGAGUGACAUGCAAACAAUGAGAUGAGUUUUUUAAAAGAUCAUAUUGAGACAAUUAUUUUGUUCCAAAAGCUCAGACGAUCAAACCAAACAGGAGCUCUGAAUAUUCUGGCGACCUGUUACGCCAACAGAUCUCAGGCUUUCAUUACAAUAAUAUUAAUGUAACUUGUAUUAAUCAAAUAGUGCCU